GGUGCUAGUCUAGUCUUGGUGGCGGUUGCGGCAGUUGAUUUUUUUUUCUCGGGGUUCCUGUCAGCGCCAUGGCUGACCAAGACCCUCAGGCCGUGGCCAGAAUUCUGUACUAUGCUCAAGAAAAAUACUUCAACUACGUUGUUCAAGUGACAAACAUCGAACUGUCAAAACAUGCUAAUGAUCCAGUGUUGCAGUUUUUCAAGGGUUUUGGAACAUUGCUUCUUGGCCGAAUCCAAGAAGGCAUCUCACUAUUAGAGAAUGCUCGGAAGCGCCAUGUAGAUGUUUCCUUAUGCUGCCUCCUCGGGCUCAUUUAUGCUCACAAAAGAUGUGAAAAUGUUGAUUCCUCUGCUGUUUUGGACUUGGAAACCAAAUUAAAGGAAACAAGGAAGACUGCUGGAAGUAAUGCAUUGUAUUAUGCUGGAAUGUUUCUGUGGCUAAUGAACAGAAAUGAUAAAGCAAAGGAGUAUGUCGACAAAAUGCUGAAAGUGUCUAAUGGAGCAAGAGAGGGACUUGUUUUGAAAGGAUGGAUAUAUGUUACUUGUGACAAAGCUCAUGCUGUUAAGAAAUCUAUCAAAUACUUGGAUGAAGGAAUUCAAGACAAUACAGAUAUAUUUGGAAUGAUGGGAAAGGCAAAAUAUUUCAUGGUGCAACAGAAUUACUCAGGUGCUCUGGAAAUAGUUAGCCAGUUAGUGGUUACUUUCCCUUUCUUUACACCAGCCCUUGUCAUCAAGAUGAGGCUACAUUUAGCACUGCAAGACUGGGAGCAAACUGUAGAAGAAAGCAAACGAAUCCUAAGCAAGGAUCCAAAUGAUAUAGAUGGACUCCAGUAUAUGGUUAUAAAUCAUCUUACUAUGACUGGAAAUAAAGUUUUGGCAUUGCAAAUGCUUAGAGAAUUUAUUGAUGCUUUGGAGUUGAAAGAGCCCCAAAGAUCCGAACUUCAUCUUCAAAAAAUGUUUGUAAUCAGUAGACUGUGCGGGAAGAAUCAAGAUAUCCUCCGGGAAGUGUAUGAGUUUAUUAAAGACUCAGGUGGCAACGUAAUAUCCAGUGAUGCACAUUAUGCAAAUGAGUUAGGAUAUUUGCUAAUCCUUCAGGGGAACUGGAAGGAAGCUUCUAUGUGGUAUAGAAAAGCCUCAGAGUUGGACGAAAACACUGCAGAUUCACUGACGGGGGUUAUAUGGUGCCAGGUGCUUGGAGGGAAAUUAGAAGAAGCAGAGCAACAACUGGAGUUUCUAAAGGAAGUUCAACAGUCCAUUGGGAAAUCCUCAGUUCUAGCUUAUCUUCAAGCUGUGAUUGCUUCAAGGAAAAACAAGAAUGAGCAGGCUGCCUGUGCCUUUCUCAACGAAGCUGCAGAACUUCAUUUUUCUGCUUUGCAUGGUCUUCCUCUGAGCAUCGAAUACUAUGAAAAGCUUAACCCCAUGUUUUUGAUUGAAAUUGUGAAAGAGUAUUUGAUCUUCUGUCCCAAACAGCCUCGGUUACCAGGUCAAGUUUUAUCUUCACUUCUUAAGCAGGCAACUAUAAUUUUGAAUCCACUUGUGAAAGCCACCCCUGGAAUGAUUGAACCUCUUUUCCUAAUGGCACAGGUUAAAUAUUUGUCAGGAGAACUAGAAACUGCCCAGGGUACCCUACAGCGAUGUUUAGAAUUGGAUCCAACAUCAACAGAUGCCAAUCUUCUUAUGGCUCAGAUCCACCUCUCUCAAGGAAACAUCAAAGAAUGUGUCCAUUCACUAGAAAUAGGAGUCAGCUACAAUUUUCAGCUUCGUGAUUCUCCAUGGUAUCAUUUCAUCAAGGCUAGAGCACUGAAUAAAGCCGGGGAGUAUCCUGAAGCCAUUAAAGUCUUAAAAAUGCUGAUCAGUUUACCUCAAAUGAAAGGGGAAACUAAGAAAGGCCAGGGGUCCUGUAUAACUAUGAGUGAACAAGUCUCCAUCUACCUGGAACUUGCCGAAGCUCUGCGACUCAAUGGGGAACUGCAUGAAGCUACCAAGAUAAUGCAGGAUGCCAUUAAUGAAUUUAAUGGGACAUCAGAAGAAAUCCGUGUCACUGUUGCUAAUGUAGAUUUGGCUCUCAGCAAAGGUGAAGUGGAUUUAGCCCUAACUAUGUUGAGGAAUAUCACACCAAACCAGCCAUAUUACACAGAAGUUAAGGAAAAGAUGGCUCAGAUUUACCUUCAGGUCCGAAAGGAUAAGAGACUGUACAUUGGAUGCUAUUGUGAGCUGUGUGAAAAUAUGCCGAGUCCUCAUACAAGCCUUCUCUUGGGUGACGCCUACAUGAAUAUUCAAGAGCCUGAGAAAGCUUUGGAAGUUUAUGAAGCAGCUCAGAAGAAGAAUCCCUUGGAUGCAACAGUGGCAAGGAAAAUUGGGAAAGCAUUUGUGUAUACCCACCAAUAUAACAAGGCUAUCAAUUACUACGAAGUUGCUCUUAAGAUGAGUGAGCAGGACUUCUUGUGUCAUGAUCUUGCUGAUCUCCUGUUAAAGCUCAAAAAGUUUGGCAAAGCAGAGAAAGUUCUAAACCAAGCACUAGAUCAUGACCCUGUUGACGAUCUGCCCUCAAUGAAGAAGGAUGUUAAGAACCUGAUGUUACUAGCAAAGAUUUAUGAGACAACUAAAAGAGGAGAAGUCGUUCUGGAAACGCUGAACAUGGCCUAUGACGUCCAGCAAAGGAUACUGAAGCGUGUCCGUGUAGAACAGCCUGAACUGAUCCCUCCUCAGAAACAAGUGUUGUUAAUGAUCUGCGUACAAUUUGCAGAGUUUUACCGAGCAGAAAAGGAGUAUGAAAAAGCUUUAAAGUACUACACAGAAGCCCUAUCUUGUGUUCCAAGUGAUAGCAAAAUAAUGUUAGAAUUAGCUCAGCUGUAUUUGAUGCAAGAAGAUACAGACCAGUGUGAGCAUUAUUGUACUCUCCUACUUCAAGAUGAUGACAGCAGUGAAAUUGGAACAAUGAUGAUGGCCAACCUUAUGUUCAGAAAAGAGGAGUAUGAAGAAGCUAUAAGUCUGUACCGAAAUGUUCUGGAGAAAAAUCCAGAUAAUUUCUCAGUCAUGGAGAGCUUGAUUGAUUUGCUGAGAAGAAGUGGCAAACUUGAUGAAGCUACACCCUUUUUUGAACUGGCCAAGAAAAAAUCAUCUCGAACACCUUUGGAGCCUGGUUAUAACUACUGCAUGGGACUUUAUUGCUGGCACAUGAUGCAGCCCAAUCAGGCAUUGAAGUUCUUCAACAAAGCACGUAAGGAUAGUGAAUGGGGCCAGAAAGCCCUUAGCCAUAUGAUCCAGAUAUGCCUAAAUCCUGACAAUGAUAUAAUAGGCAGAGAUACUUUAGGGAACCAAAAUACCAUGGAUACCAGUAAUCUAAAGGAAAAGAGAGAAUCUGAACAGCAUGGGAUACGAACAGCUGAGAAGCUUCUCAAGGAGUUUUACCCUCACUCACAGGAGGGCCAGAAUCAAGUGGAGAUGUUACAGAGCUACUGUUUAAUGGCCACUAGAGAGACACAUAAUGUCGAGAAGGCCCUGAAAGUAUUUACAGAAAUGUGCCAAAAUGAGAGGGACAGUGUUUCAGCCAUUUUAGCAAUGUCUCAAGCAUACAUGCUUCUUAAAAAUUCACUCAAAGCCAGGAUCCAGCUGAAGCGCUUGAUGAAAGCAAAAUGGACUUUGACAGAAGCUGAAGAUUUGGAAAGGUGUUGGGUUUUGUUGGCAGACAUCUAUGCCGCAACUGGGAAGUUUGACUAUGCAACUGAGCUAGCGAAGCGCAGCUUACGGCACAAUAAGUCAUGCUGUAAAGCUUAUGAAUGCUUGGGCUAUAUCGCAGAAAAGGAAAACGCUUACAAAGAUGCUGCAGCUAACUAUGAAUUAGCUUGGAAAUACAGUCACCAAGCAAAUCCUGCUGUUGGAUUUAAACUUGCUUUCAACUAUCUAAAAGAUAAGAGAUACGUGGAAGCCAUAGAUGUAUGCCAUGAUGUCCUGAAGGCAUGCCCAGAUUAUCCAAAAAUUAGAGAGGAAAUUUUGGAAAAGGCUCAAACAGCAAUUAAACCUUAG